AUGCCGAGCUUUUCCACUUACCUUGAUGGUGCUGCAUUACUCUGGUUUUCCAAGUUGUCUGCAGGUUUUAUUUCUUCUUUUGAGGACCUAGCAAGGUCGUUCAUCAAUUACUUUGCGGCAUCAAGAAUAUACGUACAUGGAUCAGAUUACCUCGGCACCAUCAAGCAAGGUCAGCAUGAAAGGCUGAAGGAUUACAUGACUCGAUUCGCGGAAGCAACCAUGGAGAUUCAAGAAUUAGAUCCCAUGGUCCACCUGCACACCCUCAAAGCCGGCCUCAGACCUGGUAAAUUCCGAGAAACAAUCGCAAUUACAAAACCAAAAGUGCUGGAGGAAUUCCGAGAAAGGGCUGCAGGCCAGAUAGAAAUCGAAGAGCUUCGUGAAGCCCAGAAAACAGACAAACAACCUCCCAGAAGGGAUGAGAACAAAAUAUUCAGAUCGCCGAACAAUAAAGAGUCAAAGAAACCCUUCAAGCUCACACCAAAAUUCAAUACUUACACCAGGUUCAACACCAAAAGAGAAAACAUCAUCAAAGGGAUUCUAAAUGCCAAAAUCGUAAAACCACCAGCUCGAGCGGGGAGCUACAAAGACCAAAGGUUCGUGGAUAGAAGCAAGCAUUGCGCCUUCCACCAGAAGUUCGGCCACACCACGGACAACUGCAUCGUCGCAAAAGACCUACUCGAAAGACUAGCACGCCAAGGGAUUUUAGACAAAUAUGUCGAAGGUCGAAAAGUCAGGGGAGCCAACUCAGACAGAGACGAACAUAAACAAACAUCAACAGAUAAGAACGAAAAAGAACAGACAACUCCCGAUCCGCCAAGAGGAAUCAUUAGCCACAUAUCAGGAGGCGAUGCAGGCGGAGGUGAAACAAACUCGGCCAGAAAACGAAGCUAUAGGGCAAUGCUGGCAAUCGAGGGAACAUUGCAGCCGAAGAAGGAGAAAGACCUAGAUGUCACAAUAUUCUUCAAUCAAUCAGACUUCAAAUCGGCAAGCCCUAACCUUGACGACCCAGUAGUAAUCUCCAUCCAAGUUGGAGAGCUGUUGGUAAGGAAAUCACUGCUGGACUCAGAUGAAGUUGUUAGAAAAAUAAUACAGCCUUCCUCUAGAGAACUAAUUGGGUUUUCCGGAGAAAGGGUCCCCAUCAUGGGACAUAUAUGGCUAAAGACGACGAUGGGAGAGAUCCUUAUGUCAAAAUCCAUUGACAUCCAGUAUUUAAUAGUAGACUGUUAUAGCCCUUACAAUAUUAUCAUUGGGAGGCCCGCCUUGAAUAUAUUCAAGGUGGUAGUGUCCACGUUACACCUGUGUGUUAAGUUGUCAGUACAGAAAAAUAGAAUAGCAACAGUAUAUGCCGAUCACCAAGGGGCUCGGCAGUGCUACAAUGCCAGUCUAAAGCAAACCCAGACGAAACAGACAACUCGGCCGCAAGUCCAAGCAAUACACAGUUCUGCCGAGACCUCAAUGUUAGCCUACCUCGACCCGAGAGAAGACCUCGGCGAGAGACCCCAACCAAUAGACAACCUUCACCAAGUAACACUAACAGCAAAUGAAACGCAGUACACACAUAUUGGAGAAGCACUAGAAGGGGAAGAACGAACAAGACUUAUACAUAUACGCCGCCUGAAUGCCGAUCUAUUCUCAUGGACACCAGACGACAUGCCUGGAAUAAGCCCAGAAGUUAUCUGCCACAAAUUAGUAAUUGACAAAACAGUUUGA